AUGCGUAACGCCACCAUAAGACUGCUACCAACUUCCCGGCCGCAGCUGUCUUUUUCUUCAAUGAUUUACAUCUGCACGCAAUCUCACCGCCUUCGAACCGCUUCAUCCUCCUCCUCCUCCUCUAUGCCAUUGCGGGAAACGGCGAUACCGCAGAAGUUGCAAGAGUUGAUACGCGAGCGGACAUCGACAUUUGACCUGUUGAAGGAGCAGUCUGACGUGGGCGAUGUGAGUGGCCUGGGAACGAAGCUUGUUGACGAGCCCGGGUUGCGGGGGAGUUUCCACCUGUGGUGGAGCCUUCUGGGGUUCAAGAGGAGGGUGUACUCAGACUCUGGUGUCAAGGAUAUAUGGAAGGGGCUGCGUAUCCGGAAUAUAGACUUGCCUGUCCGAGGCUCGCGCGCAAGGCUCACAUGGCAGGUAUUUCUGAAGACCGGUUUCCAGGAUGAGGGCUUCCUGGAAGAGAUAUGGGAGUAUAUCAAGGACCUUGACUCACGCAACCGGCGAUGGACGGGAGCGUACCAGUCUAUCGUAGGCCACUUUCUCGUUGCUGAUGGUUCCAAGGCGCGAACAUGGCACAAGAGAUUGUACCCACGCCAUGCGCCGUCAUCCUGGCCGGGCUUUGUGAAGAGCGUGCUGAAGCAGAGAGUUGAGGCGCAUGUUGAGUUGAGGGAGAUCCAUGCGGUCAUUGAACGGCCGGCGGGACUGUAUGGGUCCAUUAUUCCGUUGCUGUGCUCCAUGGGCUUGUUCAGUGAAGCUAUGAAGUGGCAUCGGCAUUGUAUUUCUUUCGACGAUCUCCCAGGAAAUACUGCUACCGCGGACAAGCUCAUUGAGUGGACAGCAAAGUACGGAUCAUUACAAGAGAUGUCCGUGUUGAUGCUCUCGUUUAUACAAAUGGGUGUGCGGGUCAAGGAGAGUUCUCUGAUAGUAUUGAUUAUAUCUAGGCCAAAGAAAUUCGAGGCUCUUGGGUUUAUUCUUGCACGGGCAAACCAUGUCGAUAGGAGUGCAAUGGGGGAUCGGUUCUGGGCAACGGUAUUGGGACAGGUCCAGUUGGCGACUUCGGCAGUUUUUCGGUGUAUGCAGGCGUUUGGUGGAGGAUUGAAUGUUGGGCGGAGGACCGUGGAGGCUUUGAAGAAGCGGGCGGACUGUAGUAAGGAGAAAGCACUAUCUCUUUUGGCAGAAUUUGGGAUGCAUGUUCAGGGCGUGGAGAUGGUGCCUGAUGCGGAGCCUUCGGUGCUAGUGGGUAGAUUGAUGCGGCGGAUAGACGCGAGAGGACUUGCGGGCAUGGAGGAGUUGGAGCUUUUGCUCAAAGAGUCUCUGGGAGCUCGCAAUUGGGAGGUGUUUGACCGAGCGCUGUCUCUACCCUCGCCGGGUGGGCCUACGGCCAAGGUAUAUGAUUUGAUACUCCAGUCGCAAUUGAGGAGGGGAGCAUUGGGGGAUGCGAUAAAUUUAUUGGACCAUAUGCGCAAAUCUUCGAUCUACAUUUCCUCAACGUCUCUCAGACUCCUUGUCAAAGCGAUUCUGCCACCGCGGCAGCGUUCCAAAAAUCCCAAUACGAUGCCGGGCUACACAAACGACAACCUCAUUGACCUAAUUGGAAUCCUGACUUCAUUGCUCCGCUCUGGCAUAAAAAAUCUGGAGCCAACCCUUUGGCAUGAGAUCUUCAAAAGACUCGGCAUGAAGCGGCGGUUAUCGGAUUUAGAAACCCUGGUCCUUGGCCUGGUGGAAUGGUACCAUCCAGCCCGCUCGUCGCUAACCCGCCAGCGCUUUUCAACCUUCAAUUUUGACCUCCCGGAAGCCCUGACAUUGCGCUCUGGUCCCCAUUCGGCAUCAGAAAUCCCGCCCCUGAGUCCCCAAAACCCCCUCCGCCUUCUCUUCCCGCAACAGUUCAUCCAUGCGAUCAUACAAUGGGGCUUUCUUACUUUCCGACCUUACUCUCCAGCCCUGCACAAAUCAAUACCACCACCGCCGCCUCCGGAAGUCCGGCAAUUGCCUCGAAAAUUCUCCGAGUUCGCCCCCUGCGUCGCAACCUUCACCUGGGGCGUAGCCCUCGCACGGGAAUUGAAGGCCCUGGGAGUGCUUGUGGACACCCGUUCUGUCCUCCGUGCGGUGCGCACGAGAUUCAAUGUUCUCUACAACGCACCGGAAGCCAACGGACGGCCUAUCGUGCUAUCCGGGAGGAUGAUAAAUCACAUGGCGGUGGCACUGAAUCACCUUAGCCUGGCGGAGAUGGUGGAAAUCACGGAGAGGGCAUGGGGAGGCGGCUUGUGGCGGAGGGUCGGCUGGGAGAGGGGCGGAGAGGGAGGAGGAGAGUGGGAGAGGAAUAUGAAGAAGGAGGUCUUGGGCACGGGGAUUCCGAAAAGGGUUGUUGAGAGAUUGAAGAGGGGCGUUAAGGUUCGGGGGAGGCGGAGGGUUAUGGUGUUGAGAGCUGGGAGGGGCGGGACUGGGAGGGAUUUUGUAAGGGGGGGUGAAAAUGGGGCGCGAGGAAAGAUCGUAUAA